AUGGUUAAUAACUCAAAUAUUGAUAAAAGUAUACCUUUAAGAGAUCAAAUACCAGAGUUAUUAGACGAAUUUUAUAACGAUGAAGUAACAAAGCCAGAAGAAUCUCAUCAAAAAAGCCCACCGGAUUAUUUACCACCUUAUGAAUCUAUAGUUAAUCAAGAUUUUGAUAACCAAGAAUUUAAUAAUCAAAUUUUGACAGAUGAAACUUGCUAUUUAGUUAAUAAUAAUACAUUUAAAGAUGAAAAAGAUCUUGAAAAUGGUAAAAUUAUUCAAAAAAAUAAUGUACAACGAACUCCAACAGAUCAUUCAAUAAGUUAUAAAGAUAUAGAAGUAUGGAUUCCUUUGAUUAUGUUUUUUGCAAUUGGUAUGAUAAUUUUAGGAAUUAUUUUGCCUGGAUUCACUUGA